GUUCUCAAAUGAAUUUUCAUGUGCUGAAUCCUUCAUUCUAUCUUCUUAUACUCUUGGUACAACAGUUCAAAUAAGGUUUUGGUUUGCAAUUUUAUCCAUUGAUCGUUGGUUUAUUGAUAUGUAAGCUUUUAAUAACUUAGAUUAACUACAUUUCUUGGUGACUGGUGUUCUGCAGGUAGGUAAACAUGAGUGAAGCUAAUCCUACUUCUGUACCAGUUGAUAUCGAUGAUGGGGAGAAUGCUUUUCCGGAACAACUUACUGCUACCCCACUUAGAAAAUAUGUGGUUAUGGUUGGCGAAAAGAAAAACAAUAAGUGGAUAUGUAGCUUUGGAUGCAGAGGUGAUCCAUACACAGGAACGUACUCACGCAUUCGAGCUCACUUUCUUGGUAGGAUUCCAGGAAUGAAAGCAGGUGGAAUAGCAGUAUGUUCAAAAGUGACUAAAAGUGAGCUAGAGAAAAUGAAGCAAGAAGAGGAUGGGGCCAAAAGAGUAUUCACACGUAAAGUUUCAUGUCCAGCAGUUCAAAUUCUACCUCCUACAAGUAAGAUUGGGGUCAUGAAAAAUGAUACAAAAAUCAUUAGUGACAUGUUUGACUUGGUAUCGAGGCAUGAUAUUGAUGGGUUGAUUGGAAGAUUCUUUUAUGGUUGUGGAAUCCCAUUUAAUGUAGCAAGGUCUCCAUUUUUCUAUGAAAUGGUACGAGGCUUAAUUGAAGGAUCAAAAGGAUACAAGCCUCCAAGUUCUGAAAAGUUAAGAACAAACUUGCUUGAUAAGGAGAGAUCCAAAGUUGAUCGUGCAUUGACGGGUAUUCGAGAUCAGUGGCCAACUUUUGGUGUUUUCAUUGUGUCGAAUGGCUGGAGUAAUGUGAAGAAUCAACCUUUGAUAAAUGUGUUGGCUGUUUCGGGGGGUAGAGCUGUAUUUCUCGAAGGCAUUGACUGUUCUGGAGAUGAAAAGACGGGAGUUUAUAUUGCUGAAAUCUUACUCAAAGCCAUUGACCAAGUUGGGAUCUAUAAUGUUGUUCAGGUGCUCACGGAUAAUGCUUCUGCUUGUAAGCGUGCUGGAGAAAUCAUAAUGGAGAGGCAUCCUCAUAUCUUUUGGUCAGGUUGCUUGGCUCAUACCUUAAGCCUUUUAAUGAAGGAUAUUGCAUCUUCUCAUUAUCCUUCUUUAAGGUUCAUUGGAUUUUUGUAUAAGAAAGCAAAAGGGAUUGUCAAGUACAUAAGAAAUCACAGCAUGGUUCUGCAUAUUUUCAGGAAAUUUUCUGCACUAGAUGUUAUUCAGGUUAAGAAGACAAGGUUUGGUCAUCAUUUUGUGGUGCUAGAACGUUUGUCCAAGUUAAAGAAUCACUUGAUUUCAAUGGUGUUAAGUGAUGAGUGGGAAAGUUUGAAGAAUGGUAAGUCUACUUCAAAUCUAAGUCAUGAUGAAGUGAAGAACACCAUUUUAGAUGCUGAUUUUUGGUUGAAGUUGAAGCUUGUUCUUAGUUUCACAAGACCUAUUUGGAAAAUGAUUAGCUUUUGCAAUUCUGACAAAGCUAUAGUUGGUGAAGUUUAUCCAAGAAUGGAAGACAUGGUCAACUUCAUUCAAUUGAGUUUGGUUGAUCGUGUGGAAGUGAAGGAUAUUGUAGAAUUUCUUGUUAUGGAGCGAUGGAGGAAGAUGAAUGUUCCAUUACAUUUGUUGGCUUACGUGCUUACUCCUUUCUAUUAUUCAAAGAAAUGGUUGAUGAGUUCUAGUCCAACGGGAGAUAAAAGAGCCAAGCCGCAUGCUGAUCCUGAAAUUCAGAAAAUUUAUCUUGAUGUAGUAGAUCGCAUAAUUGGAAAUUCAGUUGAGGCAACUAGAGCUCGUGUUCAACUAAGUGACUUUGUUUCCAACACAGGUAUCUUUGCUCGUCCACAAGCAAUAUGUGAUAGAGAUGUACUACCUGCUGUCCAAUGGUGGAAUUUACAUGGUGCAGCAGCUCCAGAGCUGUAUAGUUUGGCUGUGAGGGUGUUAUCUCAGAGUGUUAAUACCUCUUGUGCUGAAAGAGUUUGGAGCACAUACAGUUUUAUCCAUAGUGUGAAAAGGAAUAGGCUGAAUACUGAUCGUGCAGAAUCCUUGGUUUAUGUUCACUAUAAUAAUCGUUUGUUGACAAGAUACAGGGAGGAUUAUGAGAAAGAAUACAAGGAUUGGGAUUAUUAUGUUGAAGAUGAUAUGAUAAACUUUGACAUGCAACAAAUCGAGGAUAAAGACUUUUCCUCACAUGAUGAAGAUGAUGCUGCCAUUCCAAGUUCAAGCAUGCCAAAUCCACCUCAAGUUACUCGAGAAGAUGGGAGGCAGCCCAAAAGAAGUAGGAUUGCUUAGUGUUAAGCUUGGUUUGUCAUGCCAUAUUAUAUUUUGGCAACUGUAUUGCUUGCACAUAUAUUAACCUUUUGCUUUUGUAUAGCAAGCAAAUGUAAAUUGGUUGUGUAGAUGAAGGAACAUGCUAACCACUUCAUAUCGUGGCAUGACAAUUGACUUUUAUGUAUUUAGGAAAAUGCUUUUUAGCAUGUAAAUGUCCUUUGUAUUAGUAAUAUGAAGAAGUAGUGUUUAUAGGGAAUGAAAUUACUUCUCCUCA